GUAUCGCGUUAUCGCUGCUAGCCACGCCCCUUAUCUUCGGUGGUGGUAAACUGCAUUUGCACAUCCCUAAGAUAAUAAAUACCAGCGGCACAAGGGUUUAAGCACAUAAUUCUAUUACCCGUAACUCCGUCCAGUGCCUCUUGUAAUAGAAAAAUAAUAAACAUGGAGAAAAAAGUUAAACAGAACGUACUCCGCAAAAGGGGUAGACCCGCUGGUAAAAAUAGAGUGCCCUUGUCUCAGAAUGAACGCAGAGCUAGAAACGCGCAGUAUGAGAGGGAACGCAGGGAAGAGAUGUCGGGUGCUUUAGCAGACUUGGCUGCGGCUGUUGGCGUCACUGGUUCCAUUUCAAAUGCAGAACUUCUGGCAACAGUAAUCACAGAGCUCCAACGAGCUUCGCAGGUCAAGCAUAGCAGUGAUUUAGACUCGUUGCGGCGGUGUAAUAAAAAUCUUAUGGCUCAGAUUUUGACGUUGGAGCAGCGGCUUACAGAAUCUGAUGAGAUCGAGAGCUCAGGACACCCGACUGGAGAACUCACGGACACACCUCGACCAGUCAAGAGGAAGCGGGAUGAUUGUGAGGCGCCGGUGGAUGUUCCCGUUCCGAAGCGUUCCCCUCGAGACUACGAGCCUUCGCUAGAUUAUGCAAUCAAGCAGGACCACGAAAACGAAGCCCCCGUGCCGGAAUAUUUGUCGAAACAAGAGUUCCUGCCAGCGGAUUCGCAGACAUCACUGGAGAGCAGCGCCUUUGACCACCGGGAGCGUGAUGUCAACUAUUCGCCUUUCACAAGGCCGCACGUACCCGCUCAUGAAUGUAAGAUAGAGACCAAGAUUGAGGUCUCUGAGUACAUUCAACCUGUUCAGCUAUAUACUGAGCAGGUGUACUAUCACCAUGAAUCCCAGCAGUGUCUUGCCGGUCCUUUUUCAUCAGAAUCGUCGUUCAAGCAAGACCACACGAGCUUCAGCGAAGGGGCAAAGCAUACACUCAGUAAUGCCUUUGUGCCGACGGAUCCCUGGCCCCCGAUUCCAGCACCAUCGGAUCAGGAUUUUCCCGCUUCGAGAGAGUCGCCAGGGAGCAGCGCCUCUGACCAGCAGGAUUACGAUGUCGACUACUCCAACUAUCACUUCGCCGGGCCGCAGGUUUCCACACCCGAGUAUCGGUUAGAUACUACGGUUGAACCAUUGGAAUACAUCCAUCCUGUACAGCCAUACACAGAGGAGGCGUACUGCCAUCCGUCAGCGUGGCUGUGCCGGUCCGGCCCUUCUUCAUCGGAAGAGCAGUUUUCACCAUCUCAAUACCUGAUUCCUGGGACACACCACGGAUUUUCGUCUCCGCAGUACCACCCCUCCGGCCCUUCAAUGGACCAACAGCUUCAAAUUCCAGUCUACCGAAAGCAAGCGGCGCGGAGCAAGAUCCUCGUCGAGAAGGAUUCCUUUCAUCUGAAAAUCUGA